AUGUUCAACUUCAAUAGAACCCUAAUCUACCUCAAAACCUUAACACCAUUAUCUCCAAACCCUAAUCCUCUUCUCCACCGCUAUCCGUCACUAUUUUCCCUUCGUUUCUGCACCGAUUCAACCUCAUUUGCUGCCUCCUAUCUCACCCACACUUUCGGUUUCUCCCCACAACUUGCUUCCAAACUUUGCUCCACCCACCGUCUCCAGUUCAAAACCUCCCAAAAACCUGACACUGUUCUCAACCUCUUCAAAAACCACGGUUUCUCAGACUCCCAACUUGGCAAUAUGAUUGCCAAGGUACCUGGCUUACUUUCCUGCAACCCCUCCAAAAGGAUCUUACCAAAGUUACAAUUUUUACUCUCCAAAGCUACUUCUAACUCCGACAUUGUUAACCUUAUCAGUGAGAACCCUAGACUCUUGUCUCCUAGCUUGAAGAAUCAUAUAGUCCCAACCUAUGAAUUGGUUUACAGAUUCUUGCAAUCAGACAAGAAUGUUAUUGCUGGUGUGAUUCAUAAUCCAGAUUUACUCUGUGAUCAUGUUGUGCCGCGGAACAUUACAAUGCUGAUUGAGAAUGGAGUGUCGGACUCUAACAUUGCAAGAUUGAUUCGGAUUCGGGGUCGAAUGUUCAAGGCGCGCGACACGCCCAAGUUUGUGGAGGAAGUGAAGAAUUUGGGGUUUAAUCCUUCGAAAUUUAUUUUCUCGAUAGCGUUGAUGGCCAAAACAAUGGUGAGCAAAGCCUUGUGGGAGGAAAAAGUUGAAACCUUUAAGAAGUGGGGUUGGUCGGAUGAAGAUGCUUUUGAAGCGUUUAUAAAGAAACCUCAUUGUAUGUUAACAUCUGUUGAUAAAAUAAAUGUAGUGAUGAGCUUUUGGGUGAAUCAGUUGGGUUGGGAUGCUAUGGCUAUUGCAAAAACGCCUUAUAUUUUAACAUUGAGUUUGGAAAAAAGGAUCAUUCCGAGGGGUGCUGUUAUGCAAUUUCUUCUCGAUAAAGGUUUGAGAAAUAAGAGUGCAAGCUUAACUUGUCCAUUUGUAGUGUCGGAGAAGAUGUUUCUGGAUAUGUUUAUAAAACGUUUUAAGAACGAGUCUUCUUUUCUAUUAAAGUUGUAUGAGGAAAAACUCAUCAAUCCUGCGUACACUAGGGAUGAUAAGACAUGCAUGCCGUAA